ACCAGGGUCUGGCGCAGAGCUCCCGGCCACCAUGAAAACAAUUGUUUCAGCCUGCUCCCAAAAUCUUAGCGGCAGCCGCGCCAGCGUCCAGACUGCCCUGCGCACCCUGCUCGCAGGACCCUGGCCCUCGCAGCGGGACGUCCGCUCCUGGCUCCAGCUCCUCUCCGUCCUGCAGUGGGUGCUCAGCUUCCUGCUGCUGGGAAUCGUCAGCCUGCUGCUCCUCAUCUACCUGGUGUUCACCAGCUUCUGGCCCAUCUCCGCGCUCUACCUGGCCUGGAUCAUCUUCGACUGGGACACGCCAGAGAAAGGUGGCAGGAGGCUGCCCUGCCUGCGGCGAUGGCCCGUGUGGAGGCACUUUCGGGAUUAUUUCCCCGUGAAGGUACGGCAUGGGGAGCGGGGGCGCCGGGAUGGGAUGUUCCUGCAGGUGGUGGUGGUGGUGGUGGUGGUGGUGUCGCUCUCCUGCCGUCCUGGUGUCACCACGCUCAUUCUGAAGAACCGCAAGGGCUCUGUCCCCAUGGCCCUGCAGCACGGGGCCUACCUUGUCCCCUCCUUCUCCUUCGGGGAGAAUGACCUCUUCCGCCAGGUGGUCUUUGAGGAGGGCAGCUGGAUGAGGAGCAUCCAGCAGCGCUUCCAGAAGAUGAUGGGCUUUGCUCCCUGCGUCUUCUAUGGCCGAGGUCUCACCUCUGUCCAGUCCCUAGGCUUCCUGCCCUACGCCAGACCCAUCACCACUGUGGUGGGAGAGCCGGUGACAGUGCCCAAGAUCCAGGACCCGAGCUGCGAGAUGGUGGACAUGUACCACGAGAUGUACAUCCGCUCCCUGCUCAAGCUCUUCAACGAGAACAAGACCAAGUACGGGCUGUCGGAGACGGACGAGCUGCACAUCCUCUGAGCGUGGCCGGCGCCAGCGGCCAGAUCCUGGCUCACAAGAGCAAGCGGCUCUUGCGGGUGGGGAUUUCAGCCAGCCUGGCACAGGGAACGCGGGGGACAGUCCCCACUCCAGCCCUCCGCUCCUCUGGCCAAAAAACCUGAGUGGGAGGUGGGAGGAGAGGAGGAAGCGAGGAGAAAGGGAGAUUGGGAAAAGGUCCCCCUGGAAAGGCCUUUGG